AUGGAGGCAAUUGCAACAAAGGAUCAACUUAUUAAAAUAUUGGCGACAGCUGGUUUCAAACCUCGCAAGUGGUGCGCAAAUAAUGCCCAACUACUUCAAGGACUCGCUCCAGAAGAUCAAGAAGUGGAUCUCGAUGUCAGCAGUGAGUCACAUAAGACAGUAAAAACUCUAGGCCUUAUCUGGCUACCAAAAUCUGAUCAAUUUUCAAUAAAAACUAACGGACCUACAAACAGCAAAAUAACAAAGAGGACCGUAAGUUCCGACUUGGCGCACAUUUUUGAUCCGCUUGGAUUAAUGGCUCCAGUAGUAGUGAAGGCGAAAAUAUUUGUUCAAAAAUUGGGGCAGUUAAAACUAUCGUGGGAUGAAGCUCUGCCUGCUGAAAUGCAUACUCAAUGGACCCAUUUUCAUCAGAGCUUAUGUGAAGUAAACAAUGUAAAGAUUCCACGACAUAUAUUUCAUCAUAAACAACCAAGGAAUACUCAGAUUCAUGUAUUUACUGAUGCCUCCGAAAGGGCCUAUGGAGCUGCCAUUUACAUCAGAUCCGAAAUGACUGAUCGAACUAUCUCAGUUCAGUUACUUUGUUCAAAAUCACGCGUCGCUCCACUAAAUGCGCAGACAAUACCAAGACUUGAGUUAUGUGCGGCUUUACUAGGAGCACAAUUGGUAGUAAAGGUAAGAAAGGAUUUGGAAUAUGAACAUCCGAUAUAUAUGUGGACUGAUUCUGAAAUAACAUUUCAUUGGAUCAAUUCAGAACCAUCAACACUCCAAACUUUCGUUGCUCAUCGUAUCAGUAAGAUUCAGCAAUUAACACUAAAGGAACAGUGGAGGCAUGUCAAUACUAAACAAAAUCCAGCUGAUUUAUUAUCCAGAGGUGUAGAUCCAAUUUACAUUCAGAAGAAUGUAAUGUGGUUUUAUGGGCCACUUUUCCUUCAUGGAAAUCAAGAAUGCUGGCCCCAACCAUUCCGUUAG